AUGGCAAAAGCCAAACUGCGAUUCUCAGAAGUAGAUGAGCUAACGGAUGAAGGAGCUUUGGAGCAUAGCCGUGAGAAGUAUGCUCGUUAUCAAGAUGACAAGGAGAGAGGGAAAAAUUUGGAUGAGGAGGAAGACAGAGAAGAUACAAGAAAGGAUUACGAGUCGAAGCACACUUUGGAUAGUGAUGAAGAGGAAGACGUGAAAUAUAAAAAACUGGAUGUGGACAAAAUUGAUGGACAGGAAGAAGCAGGUCAGGAAUAUGAAGGUAACACAAAAAUUAUGGCUUUCAAUAUGAAAGAAGAUUUGGAAGAAGGACAUUUUGAUGCUGAUGGGAAUUUCAUCUUUGACAAAAAGGAAACCGAAAUAAAGGAUGCUUGGUUGGAUAAUAUCGAUUGGGCAAACGUAAAAGCAGAUGCAGGAGAUCAAUGGCAUCAAAAAAAUGAAGAAGACAGCUCAACGACAAAAAAUCUUGGCGAUAGCGAGCAUAAAAGUAUAUAUGAAAAAAUUGCUUCGAUGUUAAAACCAAAUGAAACAAUUGAACGAGCAUUAACAAGGCUUGGAAAAGAAAAAGGUUUAAGUGCAGCAGAAGAGCGAAGGAAAAGAUGGGCGGCAAAGAAAGCCGGUAAGGAAUAUGUUGAUGAAAAGAACUUCGCAGUGAAAGAGUUGACAGGUUUAACUGAUUCUCUAGUAUCAAAUGGUGAAAUGGAAGCUUAUCAGUAUACGCUCGAGAAGGUUCAAUAUAUGAUCCAAGAAUUGCAAAGUAAAGCUGUUGAUGUCUUGGAUAUAUUUUCGGAUGAAGUACCUACUUGCUCUAUCAAAGGAGAAAGCAAACAAACCGACGAAGCUGCAAGGUCCAAUAGUAGUGAUGUAGUAUGGGAAUAUAAAUUAUCGAAUGAUGAAAAUGCGGAAAUUAUUGGUCCAGUUUCUAGCCAAGAAAUGAUGAAAUUACAAGGGGAAGGCAAAUUUGAAAAUGGUGGUUGGGCUCGAAGUCGAGAAUUAACGAGAUGGAAACCACUGCAAUUUCCUGCAUUAGGUUUUUUGCAAGAAAAAGUGAAAGUUGUGAUAGAAUUGGAAACAAUGAAGUUAACCUCGAUACAACAGAACUUAAUAAGACAAAUGGUUAACAUUUUCCGGAUUUUUGUACAAUGGGGAAGUGUUCCUUUCAUUGUGUACUUAGGAUUUCGUCAUGGUGCAGAUCCACAACCCAAUGGUGAAAUAAUACCGUUGUCAUUAACUGGUCUUUUCUAUGGUUGA